AUCACGAUGCUCAUAGUUAAGACCCGAAAAGGCCAGAGCGAAGCAGAAAAACUGCCACACCGACCGAAUCCGUAAUAAAAAAGCCAUAGCGAUGGACGUGGAAGUCGAUGACAAAGACCUAAAAGCCGCUGGCGCCGAGAUUUUAACCGAUGGUCGUCAUGGACUCCGCAUCCAUGGCUGGGAAAUCGUAUCUUGCAACGGCGCCAUUCUCAACUCCUCCUCUCUGAUCACAUGGGAAGACAAGCUAAAAACUUCUCAUUUACCAGAGAUGGUUUUUGGAGAAAGUUGUUUAGAACUUAAACAUGCGACUAGUGGUACCAAAAUUCAUUUCAAUGCGUUUGAUGCCCUAACUGGCUGGAAACAAGAGGCUUUACCUCCGGUCGAAGUCCCUGCUGCUGCACAAUGGAAAUUUAGAAGCAAACCAUUCCAGCAGGUGAUAUUGGAUUAUGAUUAUACAUUCACGACGCCUUAUUGUGGUAGUGAAACAAUGGAAUUGGAUAUAGAGAAGAAAGACAGCGGGGGAAUUUUGGAGGCUAGCUGCAUCCCCUGUUGGGAAGACUGUGAAGAGCAAAUUGAUGUGGCUGCACUUGCAUCAAAAGAGCCUAUUCUUUUCUAUGAUGAGGUAGUCUUGUAUGAAGAUGAACUGGCUGAUAAUGGGGUGUCGCUUUUAACUGUAAAAGUGAGAGUCAUGCCAAGUUGCUGGUUUCUUCUUUUGCGAUUCUGGCUUAGAGUUGAUGGAGUGCUAAUGAGAUUAAGGGACACUCGUAUGCAUUGUGCUUUCAGUGAAAGUGCAAAUCCUAUUGUUCUUCGAGAAAGCUGCUGGAGAGAAGCCAACUUUGAAGCUCUGGCUGCUGUAACCUUUUUCUCUCUCUCUCCCUCUCCCUACCCACCCACCCACUCACCCACAAUAAAGAGCACAUGCAUGGCUAGAUGUGUGUAUGUGUGAAAGGAUAUCCUACAGAUUCUGCUUCAUAUAGUGAUCCAAGCAUCAUCAGCCAAAGGCUUCCCGUCAUCGUACACAAGACUCAAAAGCUUAAGGUCCACUGUAAUUUUUGAGGCUGUAAAUUAUCUGUGCAUGAAGAUUUGAAUUGCUUACAUUGUUGAGGCCAUAUAGAAAUCAAGUCUUUUCACGUGGAUUGUGGAUUUUAUUUGCUUAUUAGAUUGGUAAACUAUUUUAUGAUUUUA